UUAUUUUUUCCAGAUUGUUCUUUUUCCGCCGCAGUUGAAUUAAACAUAAUUGUUGUUGCAAAUAAAAAAGUUUUACAGGAUUUUGUUAUUUCCUUUCAUGAAUGACUCUAAAGGUCCACUCAGAUUGCUCUUAUUUAUGGUGACCACCUUAUCAAAGUGGAUGAAGAAUUGUUUAGGGAAUAAAUGAUACUGUACUUUGACACUGCACACAGGUUAAGAGGUGCUACAGGUAUUGUAAGUGUCUGUGUGAUUCCCAGCAUGUGUAGCUGUUGUUUUCUACUAAAAGCUGGGAUCUACAUAUACACACUCAUCUAUGGAGCCUCUGAGGGGACAAACGAACCAAAGAAAAACCUACUAACGAGUCCUGAAAAUGAAGUCUGACUUUGAAAUAUACCUCACUUAAUGUCUGUACCGUUAUUUGCACACUAACAGUCUGAGCUGGUGGUCUCCUGUACGCACCGGUGACUUUCUCGUGAGCACAAGAAUCGAACUGGUGAACAAGAGAACGCUGCUGUAUGUAUUCCCUGUUUCUUUUCCCCUCUAGUUCCUCAGGUGUGCUGCGCCGCUGCAGGGAGGUUCAGACGAGCACAACUGGAGAAGGAAGAGGUUAAAAGCUCCAGUCCAGCAGCAGAAGAGGAGGAUUUGAUUAUUUUAAAGGUCUCUUCUGUGUUGUGUGUUGGUCAGUGGUGGUAGAGGGUGGGGCGUAACACAAUGCAUUCACCAAUGGUGGCUUUUAAAUGUAAUCAAGUACAUUGACACAUGUUUUGCAUCCUUUGUAAAACUGCAGAAGCAUGUUCAUUACACUUUUUUAUGAAUAAGAAAAGAAAUUCACAAGUGUUUUUCAUGUCCUGUGUUCCCCUUGAUUUUUGUUGUCAUCAACAGCUUUUGAAUAAAGCUCGCCUUUUGUUUUCGACCCUUACCUGCUUCCCCUUGAUUUACUGCACUUGGGUCCUGUUUCCCCAACCCUGACACCAUUUACUUUCUUUGCUCAUUAAUAAUUGGUUUGGCACUGUAGAUGACCUCUGAGCAUUGGCAGGUUAACAAAGGGUAAGCGUUAUGACUGUUGUGUCUUAAAUCCUACGUACUAAUCUUAUGUCUUCGGUUAAAUAUUAAUCAGCUCAACUUUUCACACACUUCCUUGAGGUAUAACACCUGAAGCUCGGCACAUCCAUCAUUCACCACGGCAAAUUGAGCCAGACAUCAAAAUGAGCAGCUUCGGGGAGAUCCUGAGGGAGGUCGGGGAGUUUGGUGUGUUUCAGAAACGCUUGAUGGCUGGAAUAUGCGUCCUCAGCAUUUUCUCCGCUUUCGAUGUGAUCAGUCAGGUGUUCGUAGGACUGAGCUUCCCACACCACUGCAACACUGACUGGAUCCUGGAGCGGGGACCCAACCUGACGGAGGAACGACAAAGAAAUCUCACCCUCCCCGUGAACCAGGAUGGACGUUUUGAAAGCUGUGAGAUGUUCACACCUGUGGAUUUGGAUUUGGAGACCAUUAUAUCGUAUGGCAUCAACACGACUACAGGGUGCACUAACGGAUGGGUCUAUGACGCGCCUGUGGGUUCUUCAAGCAUUGUGACAGAGUUUGAUGUAGUUUGUGGAAGUGGUGGUUUGAUCGAGGCUUCACAGUCCAUCUCCAUGGCAGGGGUUCUGGUCGGAGCGCUUGCGUAUGGGGCGAUUUCUGACAGGUUUGGACGGCGCUUCACGAUCCUGCUGUCAGUGUGUCUCCUCCUGUUGUUCGGUGUCGGUUGUGCUUUCUCACCCAACAUCUACGUUUACAUGGUUUUCAAAUUUCUCUGCGGGACUUCCAGUAUCAACCUUCAGAUGAACACAUCUGUGAUGGGGGUGGAGUGGACUGGUCCCUCUAAUGCUGCUCGUUCCACAACCAUUGUUACAACGUUCUUCUCUGUUGGACUGAUCUUAUUGUCGGGCAUUGCCUAUUUAGUCCACGACUGGAGGGUCCUGCAGCUGGUGCUCUUCAGUCCUCUUCUAAUUCUCUUUGUAGUCUAUUACUGGCUUCUCCCAGAGUCCGCUCGCUGGCUGAUGACCCAGGGCAGGAAGGAGGAGGCGCUGAAGGAGCUCCAGAGGGCAGCCAGGCUGAACAGGAAGACGGUCCCAGAACAUCUGCUGGAAAAGCUUGAGAUGGAGGGUACAUCCGAAAGAAGGAACAUGUUCGACAUCUUCCGGAUGUCAUAUUUGAGAAAACGUACUCUCAUAAUGGGCUACAACUGGUUCGCAGCAAAUCUUUUAUACUAUGGACUGAGCCUAAAUAUGGGCAGUUUUGGCCUGAGUAUCUACCUCACGCAGUUCGUCUUUGGAGCUGUCGAAUUUCCUUCACAGAUUGCUUCUUAUGCGCUGAGUCAACGUUUUGGAAGGAGGACAGGACUAGCAGGCUUUCAGUUCUUUGGGGGAGCUGCUUGCCUCGUGGUACUUGCCAUCCCAAAUGGUACAUAUUACACGAAAACAUUUGUUAUAGAGGAGUCAUUUAUAUCUCACGUUCACUAUGUGUUGUAUAUAUUUUACCCAUCAGAUCUUCCUACCGUGGUGACAGCCAUGGCAGUUAUCGGGGGUUUUGCUGCUACUGCCUGUUGCAACAUAAACUAUAUAUACACUGCAGAAUUAUACCCAACUAUAUUAAGGCAGAAUGGGUUUGGUGUAAACUCCAUGUUUGCUCGUGUGGCGGGCAUCCUCGCUCCUCUGAUCAGGCUCCUGGACGUCUACCAUCACACCAUCCCCAUGCUGAUAUACGGCAUCAUCCCCGUCACUGCUGGAGGUCUCUGUUUAUUACUGCCUGAAACCCUCAAUGCUGAACUCCAGGACCACGCUGAGCCCCAAAAACCAGCAGAUGGAGCUUUGGAGAACCGAGACAGAGCUGAAGUAAUCAUUCAAGAGAAGAGACUUUGAUUUGUACUGAAAUCAGAUUCAUUGUUCUUUGUAAUGCACAAUCAUUUUUGGGCGAUUCCCACAAGUUAUUUUAUUCGCCUGUGGGAAAGACGCUGCUCGACGUGCUGUUCCACUCAGCUCGCGGCUCGACUGACUUGCUUCUGACACACGAGGUUCAAUUCAACCCAGAC